GGCCGGGCGCGUGUGCGCGCUCUUGUGUUGUCUGCCGACUCGCCUGACGUCACCGCUGGAACUGCCCUGUCACGCGCUGUUAGUAAAAGUUGGGAUAGGAGCUCGAGCCUCGAAACGGAGAGCAGCAGCGAAUUUACGGACGAACUCGAUCAACGGUCGUGCUGACGCACAACGCUCACCCCCCUUCACGCCACGGGCAAAAAAAAGUUGAAGCCGCUGCGAGUUCGCUGAAUCUCCGCAGAAGGUCGAGCAGUUUGGAUUACUCUGAGGGAGAAGCAAUAAUAUUUUCUGCCCGAACUUAGAUAAGUACAGCAGGGAAAGUUCAAAAGUUUUGUCUUUAUAAUUAGUCAAUGUAGUGAGUUUAUUAAAGAGUCGGCGUACAUAGACGGGGUGAGCCCGAGCUGUCAAACCCGAUGACUACUGCAAACUGCCCCGGGAAUGAAGAGCUGGACUUCAGACUGAUCUUCGGGGAGGACGGGCAGCAGCCGCCGCUAGGCCCCGCAGAUCUAGAAACGGGUGAUAACACCUCAUUUUACAUCCUCAAUGUGGGCCAACCUCCUUCACUGGUGAGCCAAUCACAUAGUCUCCAACGGCAUGGAGGCCCGCCCCCAGCCCAACUCAUCACCACCUCCCCCUCCCUGCAAAGGACCUAUGAGCAAAGCUAUGAGCCUCAGGACUCUAAAUACACGCCCACAGGGGUGGGUAGAGGGGGGAACGGCCCACCAAAGGCCUUUGAAUGUCCCAGCAUCCAGAUCACCUCUAUUUCCCCGAGCUGCCAGCAGGAGAUGGAGGCCAGUGAGGAUGAGAUGAGAACCAAGGGUCCAGAUGGAGACUACCACGACAGGCCUCUGUCUCGGGACCACCUGUACCUGCCUCUAGAUCACUCGUAUCGAGAUUCGUCCCUGAGUCCAAGUCCAUGUAGCAGCCUUUCCUCGCGUAGCUGGUUCUCGGAUGCAUCAUCCUGCGAAUCCAUCUCACAUGUGUACGAUGACGUGGAUUCUGAGCUAAAUGAAGCAGCGGCACGUUUUACCCUGGGCUCACCGCUCACUUCACCUGGCUGCUCUCCACAGGCUGGACCGCAGGAGGAAGUAUGGCAACAGCAGCAGCAUCAUCAUCAUCAUCAUCACUCGGCCUUCACUCACUCCGUUUCUCAGCCACACGGCCAUUCUCUUUCGCCCCGCCAGUCGCCCUGUCACUCGCCCCGUACCAGCGUCACAGAUGAGAACUGGCUGAGCCCACGUUCACCUUCGCCCUCUUCCCGCCCGACAUCACCCUGUGGGAAGAGACGUCACUCCAGCGCUGAUAUAUGCUACCUGGGCUCUUUAUCACCCCAUCACUCCCCGACUGCCACGCCCGGCCCCUCGCCCAGGGGCAGCGUGACCGAAGACACCUGGAUAGGAAGCCCAUCCAUGAGUAUGUCCCCUUUCCAAUGUUGUCCCUCUGAGGCUGACAUUCCCUCCAAGACGAGGAAGACCUCCCAGGACUGUACAGCAGCAAUACAGCAAGGGAAGGGCGACAUGGCCAUGGAUGACUCUGGGAAUGUAUCUCCUUUGCUUGACUCACCUGCUGAGGAUGCCAUGCACGGAUUAAAGAAGGAUGGAUCUGGAGAGCAGUUUCUUUCUGUCCCAUCUCACUUCACAUGGAACAAACCCAAACCAGGACACACACCUAUUUUCAGGGCAUCAUCUCUGCCUCCCCUGGACUGGCCGUUGCCAAAUCAGUAUGGGCAGUAUGAACUAAAGAUUGAGGUUCACCCCAAAGCUCAUCACAGAGCUCAUUAUGAGACCGAAGGCAGCCGAGGUGCUGUCAAAGCCACGUCUGGGGGACACCCUAUCGUCAAGCUGGUUGGCUACAGUGAGAAGCCAGUGAAUCUGCAGAUGUUCAUCGGGACAGCGGACGACCGUUAUUUGAGGCCGCAUGCUUUCUACCAGGUUCACCGCAUCACAGGAAAAACUGUUGCUACAGCAAGCCAGGAAAUUAUCAUUGCCAGCACAAAGGUUCUCGAGAUUCCUCUCCUUCCUGAAAACAAUAUGUCUGCCAGUAUUGAUUGUGCUGGAAUCCUGAAGUUGAGGAACUCAGACAUCGAGCUGAGAAAAGGAGAGACUGAUAUUGGACGGAAAAACACUCGGGUCCGCGUGGUGUUCCGGGUUCACAUCCCACAACCCAAUGGAAAAGUGGUCUCACUGCAAGCUGCAUCAAUUCCAGUGGAGUGCUCCCAGCGCUCAGCACAGGAGUUACCUCAGGUCGAGAAAGCCAGUAUUAGCAGCUUCCCAGUGAGUGGAGGAGAGGAAAUGGUCAUCACGGGCUCCAACUUCUUCCCUGAGUCAAAAGUCAUUUUUCUGGAGAAAGGUCCUGAUGGAAGACCGCAGUGGGAGGUGGAGGCUAAGAUCAUCAGAGAGAAGAGUCAAGGAUCAAACAUUGUGGUGGAGGUGCCUCCUUAUCACAGUAAGACGGUCACUUCAGCAGUGCAGGUGCAGUUCUAUGUGUGCAAUGGCAAGCGGAAAAGGAGCCAGUCACACCGCUUUACCUAUCUGCCAGUCCUGGUCAAGCAAGAACAUAGGGAUGAUCUGGACUCCCCUGCCGUGCCGCCCAUGUCUAUGCCUCUGGUCCAUGCUGCCAGUUUGGUCUGCGCUCAGCCGCUGUCCUCCCCAGAGCACUCCCACCCACCAGACGGCCUUCUGUCCAGCUCCCCACGUGGCCUGGCUGCAGGCCUGCACCCACUCCAGGCCCCCUGCGCUCCAAUGGGCUCCCCAACUCUUCCCCACCUGCCCCACCUUCAGGCUCAAGGGCUGAAUGCACCUCCCGAAUGCCAGAUGCCCUUCCACCCAGGCCCUGCUGCCACUGCCAGGCCGUCUUACCCACCAAUACAGCACAACAUGCCUUUCAACGGUCAGCACAGUCUUCCUAUGACUGUGGGCUCCCCACAGGCCUAUGAGCGGAUGCCGUUCCAGUCCGAUCCGGCCGGGUGUCACACCCUGGGUUUGGGGAUGGUGUACGGCCCAGCUUCUUCAACACCCACCUCUGGAAUGCCGCCGGGGCCUGGCUCCAGCCCCAGCCAUGCAGCCUGUACAGGUAGCAACCAGGUAAUGGCCCACUCAGCCCCUCACCAUCACUCUCUAGGUUAUCACUGCCCCACUCCAGGGCAGGUCCCAUCACCCACCCACACGCUGGGACAGCCAGUCCCACAGCUGCAGCGUCCACUGGUCUACCAUCCAGCUGGGCAGCGGUCUGCCUCCUGCCCCACACCCUCCAGUGCUCCUGCUCGUAUGGUGCCAUCUCCCCACUCUGGGCCCUCGUCCCCCCAGCUCCAUUCCCUCCCCUACCAUUCGCCUACUUCCCCGUCUCCUACAUCCAGCAGCCCCUUGGGGCCCAUGACACUCUCUGGACAGCCUUCCCCACAGGCUAGCAGCCCUGUUUUGGCUGGGUUGUCCACUUCAGGUCCUUUGGUGCACCCCCUGAGCCAACAGGAAGAGAGGCUGAACAUCAAACAGGAGCCAGAGGAUAGAGAGCCCACUUUCCGUACCAUUGGCUUGCAGGACAUUACGCUUGAUGAUGUGAAUGAGAUCAUAGGCAGAGACAUGUCUCAGGCCCCAGGAGCUCAUGGGGGCUCUCCAGCUGCACACAGUCAGUCCUAGCCCACCACACACCACGUCGGACUCUCAGACAAUCUUCACAGGACUCCAGAGCUGGUCAGCGAGUUUUUACUCAAAGGCUGAAAAUGACCUUCCCCAGCGUGGAUCCAGUGCAAUUUAAAUGACAAUUAUUGCUUAUUCUUGAUUCAUGAACACAGCUAUAUACUGUGCGCAAAAUCGUGUACUGUACACGUGCGCAGACAUGGUUGAGUGGGAGUAAACUUAGAUUCGUUCUCUUGGAAAUAAAACCAAUAAUUCAGGGCUUUCUGACAGCAUGAUGUAUUAUUAUUAUUUGCAGCUUGCGGAUUCACCCCUCGGAUUGGCUAGCUAUGCAGUCGAGCACCCUCAUCCCUGACCGGAAUAUGCAGCAAUUCUACAGUCACUUUAGUGGGAUAACCGAGGGCUGCUCGAACCAUGAUAGAUGCCCACAUUUCGCUGCCUUACCAGCGGAAAUGCCGCCUUUUUCAGUACACAUUCUCCCAGUGCUGCCCUCUAGUGGACGGGUCCUCAGGCUCUGCACUGAGUCUGUAGUAAUAAUAUGCAACAUUCCACAUGUCUAGUGACCUUUCUGAGCUGUAGAUAAUGUUUAAUGAUAGGCCCAUUUCCUCUUCAGGUUGAACAAAUGCCUUAUGUAGUAGCUGUGAUUGUUAACAGGCUUUCUGCUGAGAAUUUAUAUUAGAUUUUAUUUCUUUUUAUUUCUUUUUUUUUUUUUUUUUUGAAUGGGGACAUGGUUAAAUUCAAUGUGUGUAUUUUAUACUUAGUAGCUGAGCUUCAUAUUGUGCUUUGGAGUUCUGUGAAUUGUGUUAGCUCAACAUUACUUUCACAGUGCUGUUCUUUAUAAGUCAAAUUAAUUGUUCUCAGAUUCUAAAGAUAACACGUUUUGUACAGUUGCAUGGGAAGAUGAACUCAUGUAGACUGAGUUCAUCAGGUCUGAUGAACUCAUCAGGUCUGAAGAGAAUAAAGUACAUAUAUAUAUAUAUAUAUAUAUAUAUAUAUAUAUAUAUAUAUAUAUAUAUAUAUAUAUAUAUAUAUAUAUAUAAUAUUUCUUUAUCUGCAUUGAACUCGAACAUAAUAUUGUUUUGACUAUGCUGAAACUCGCUUUUGUGCCUUUGAUUAGACAAAAAAAAAAUGCAUUGGAAAAAAAAACAUUGCAGGUUUGAUGUCAAGGAAUAACCAUAUUUAAUUGGUUUGUUUUUUUUUUUCCUCCCAUAAAAGGUUGCAUCUUGACAAUCAACAAGUGAAUUUCCUGUUACUAUAGAGUGACAUGAAAGCUGCUCUCAGUUUAUGUCAUUGCUGCAUUCUGGGACUUUUCAUAAAGGUUGAAAUCCAAACCAUCUUCCAAACCUAUCAGCCCAUCUUAAAUUAUAGCGCUCAUAUUUGCUCACAAUUUGCUCUUGUGUGGACAAAAACAGUUUAGGCUGGUUUCCUCUGUACUUCACUCUUUGGGUCAGACACAGACGCUGGACACUGCCAGAGCAGAUGCCGUUUGAUGGUAACAAAUCUAUUCAUUUGUAUUGGUUCCUUGCCUUAAAAGUUUAAAUUGGAGAUUACAGUUGUUUUCUCAACUGUAUUUUUUUUUUCUUCAUGAAAACUGGCACAAUUCAUUUAAGAUUUUUUCUUAUCUUUUUUCAGUCUUUGUGAGACAUACAGCUGUAUUCAUAACUGUUAAUUAUGUUUGAAAAAGAAAAAACUGCUAUGCACUAUAAACCUGCCUUCUGCCUAUAAGAAAAAAAAAAAUAGAAAAAAGAAAACCUUGAUGCCUCUAGACUAGAUGCUGUAGAGAUGCUUCUUCAUAGAGUAGUAUGCCAGACAAGAGUUCUGUGUGUCAAGAUGUGUCUGUUCAUGCACAGAGUAAGCGUCUUAACAGUUUUGUGUAUGCGCUUAUGUCAGUUUGUAUCCAAUGAAUUGUAGAUAUUUGUUUCUGUAUUUUUAAAAACCUCUGAAUUUAAAUGGUGUAAAAGCACACUGAUACAUUAGGCUAUGCAAGGACAGACAAUAUGACGGUGUGACUGAUUUUCAAACAUACCAAUAGCAGGUUUGUUUGAUACUCUUGCAUCUAUACAGUAUGUAAGUAUAUAUAUAUAUAUAUAUAUAUAUAUAUAUAUAUAUAUAUAUAUAUAUAUUUUGUUGUAUGUAAACCCUUACAUAUAGUGACAGGUGUUUUUAAUGACACUUUUGACUAUUUAAACUAUCAAAUAUACGUAGGAAAGCCUUAACUUGUGUUAAAAUUCAGUUUUAGAGAAUGUGUGUCAUAAGGUUUGAGUUUGAUUUAGCAAUAGUGUUUUUUUGAGAAUCAAGACAGAAAAACAACCUGAUGGGGAGUUCUGGGAUGAAGCAGGGCCCCCAGAUAAGCACCUAUUUUCAUUCUUUAGAAACCAAAGAUCGAACAAUGUGUUCCCAUUUUACAUACAGAUGACAACGCAGACACCAGAACUCUAUUUUUGAUACUUUGAAAUGGAUGUCAUUCCUAAAGUUUGGGUAGCUUGGAUGGUUUGUAAAAUAAAAGUACAGGUUCAGUUGAUGUUUACGGAGCCUUGUAUUGUUGUUUCAUGUACAUUUUGUAUUUAACAUUUUGUAAUUUUUAAGACUGCAGUGCUUUUUGAAAUUAUUCAAAGGGAACACCAUGUGGCAUAGGCUCUUCUGAGGUAGUGUAUCAAUAAAAAGAAUAAAUGCCCAAAUGUC